CCCCGCCUGCCCGGCAUGGCGGAGGAGCGCGGGUUCCGCUCGGCCUCGGGGGCGCCGAUCGCGCUGCGGCGCCGCCAGCACAGCGCGUCCUGCCGGGAGCUGGCGGUGCGCGGCCCCCGCCUGCAGCUGCGCUCGCUCAGCGCCGCCACCUCCGCCGUCUGGCUGGCGGCCUACGGGCUCUUCGCGCUCAGCGAGAACAGCAUGGUGCUUUCUGCUGCCAUCUUCAUCACACUGAUUGGCCUCAUCAUAUACCUGCACUUCGUGAAGAUUGACCAGGAAUCCCUGUUGGUCAUCGGCUCCCUUGGCAUUCAGGUGACUUCGUCCUAUGCCUCAGGGAAAGAGAGCACAACCUUCAUUGAGAUGGGUCAAGUGAAGGAUGUGGUUAUCAAUGAAGCCAUCCAUAUGCAAAAAGUUAUCUACUACCUGUGUAUCCUCCUCCAGGACCCUGAUGAUCCUCAGGGAGUAUCUGAGGUUGUGCCACUCUUUCAGAGCUCCAAGCCACGUCUGGACUGCUUGAUAGAAGUGUACAGAAGUUGUCAAGAGAUCCUGGAGCAGAGGAAGACAGCUCCACAAUGAAGUGGAAUAAAAUAGCUGAAAAAAAGGCAGCAAACUUUCAGCAGGACUCAGAGGGACACAUGGAAAAGCAAGCAAAACUGCCCCAUGAGCAGAACUUUUUAGGCUCAGACAGAAAAGGUUUUUUCUUGCCUGUCCAGAAAAUAAUUAUGGGGAAAUAGGGCAAAGGGAGACAUGAAAAUGCAUCAAUUUUUUACUCUUUCAUGCAUCUGAAAAUUAUGCUAAAAUUAUAAAAUAACCUUGGCUGGACUGCCAUAAGUAUGCAUUCUUUGGGUUUUAUUUAACCCUUUGUUUGAAAAAUACACUCUGAAUACCAAAGCAGAUGUGCAGGCUCAGGUGGUAACUUCCUGAUCCCAGGAAAAUUUCAGAAAGACAAAACCAGAAAAUUAAACUGUUGCAUUCAGUUAUGUUUAAUGAAAUAAACAUAAGAGAUCUAAAGACUGACCUCUUCAGGGAUCUGCUUUGAAAGAAUCCCAUGGGAUGGGGCCCUAGAGGGAAGAGGGGUCCAAGAAAGCUGAUUGAUAGUCAAGGAUCAUUUAUUCUAAGCUCAAGAACGAUCCAUCCCAAUGAGCAGGAAGUGAAGUAGAAAUGCCAGGAAGCCUGCAUGGAUGAGCAAGCUGCUCCUGGCAAAACUCGAACACAAAAAGGAAGUAGAUAGAAGGUGGAAUUAGAGACAGGUAACUUGGGAGGAAUACAGCUACACCGUUGGAGAUGUAGGUAGAAAAGCUAAAGCCCAGCUGGAGAUAAAUCAGUUGAGGGAUGUCAAAGGCAACAAGAAUGGUUUCAAGUAAGUACUCAAGUAGCAAAAGGAAUAUGGGAAAAUGUGAACCCAUUGCUGAAUGGGGCAGAGCCUAUUGACACAGGACAUGGAAAAGAUGUGGCAUUUAAAAGGCCGCAUCAGUUACUCUGAGAGUAUGAGGCAUAUGUGUUGUUGAAAAUGAUGGUAAUGACAAUGUGAAUAAAGUUUUAUUGAUCUA